GGCAGGAGCUUUGCUGCCCUUGCUCUCCUUGUCUGCGUGCUGCUGGCUGAUCCGUGCCAGGCGAAGGGGCUCUCGACCAAGUUCUACGCCAAGACGUGCCCCGACGUGGCCGCCGUCGUCCGGUCGGCGAUGGCGCAGGUCGUCGCCAAGGAGCCCCGGAUGGGCGCGUCCAUCAUCCGCCUCUUCUUCCACGACUGCUUCGUCAACGGGUGCGACGCGUCCAUCCUCCUGGACGACACGCCGACGUUCACCGGGGAGAAGAACGCCGGCGCCAACGUCAACUCCGUGCGCGGGUACGAGGUCAUCGACGCCAUCAAGACGCAGGUCGAGGCGGCUUGCAAGGGCGUCGUGUCCUGCGCCGACAUCGUCGCGCUGGCGUCCCGCGACGCCGUAAACUUGCUCGGGGGCCCGACGUGGAACGUGCAGCUGGGGCGGAAGGACUCGCGCACGGCGAGCGGGACCGCGGCGAACGCCAACCUGCCCGGCCCGGGCUCCAGCGCGGCGUCGCUCGUGGCGGCGUUCGCGGCGAAGGGGCUCUCCGCGCGCGAGAUGACGGCGCUCUCCGGCGCGCACACCGUGGGGCGCGCGCGCUGCCUCAUGUUCCGCGGCCGCAUCUACGCGGACACCAACAUCAACACCACGUUCGCCGCCGCGCGGCGGCUGGCGUGCCCGCAGUCCGGCGGCGACGGCAACCUCGCGCCGUUCGACGACCAGACGCCCGACGCGUUCGACAACGCCUACUUCAAGAACCUGGUGGCGCAGCGCGGGCUGCUGCACUCCGACCAGGAGCUCUUCAACGGCGGCUCGCAGGACGCGCUGGUGAAGAAGUACAGCGGCAACGAUGGCAUGUUCGCCGGCGACUUCGCCAAGGCGAUGGUGAAGAUGGGCGGCCUCAUGCCGGCGGCCGGGACGCCGACGGAGGUCAGGUUGGACUGCCGGAAGGGGCUCUCGCCGCGGGACAUGACGGCGCUGUCCGGCGCGCACACGCUGGGGCAGGCCCGGUGCGUCACGUUCCGCGGCCGCAUCUACAGCGACGGCAACAUCGACGCCGCCUUCGCGGCGCUCCGGCAGCAGGCGUGCCCGCAGUCCGGCGGCGACGCCGCGCUGGCGCCCAUCGACGUGCAGACGCCCGACGCGUUCGACAACGCCUACUAUGCCAACCUGGUGAAGAAGCAGGGCCUGUUCCACUCCGACCAGGAGCUGUUCAACAACGGGUCGCAGGACGCGCUGGUGAGGAAGUACGCCGGCAACGCCGGCAUGUUUGCCGCCGACUUCGCCAAGGCGAUGGUGAGGAUGGGCGCCCUCCUGCCGGCGGCCGGGACGCCGACCGAGGUCCGGUUGAACUGCAGGAAGGUCAACUGAAGUCAACUGUAUGACGAACCUUGAGAAAAUAGUAGAUGGGCGCCUCUGAGUGGUGAACAGUCAAGAUGGCUGUUUGUGCUCCUUUGGAUUAUUUGUAAACUGUUUAAUUAUUCCUGAAGUGGAAUUAAUAAUGCUGGUGUAAUCACGUUCUGAUAUCUGUCAGUCA